UCUUUUGGUUUUGGCUUAGCCGAAAAUUAUAAAACAAGAGAACCGCUCUGCAAUAUUCUUUGUACUUUUUCCUUUCUUCACCUCUCAACACAAUUUCUCUAUCUAACCCUAGAUAUCAGCUGAUUUUCUCUCUACGAAUUUGAAAUUGGCAGUUCAUUAGAGCUACGUUUCGUCCUUUUUAUCUGAUAUUUAGGGUUUGGAUUUGGGGAUUAUUUUUAGCUAUGGAGGGAAUGUUGUCCAGCAAUGAUAAGCAGGGCAUGGUCUCUUCCUUCCUUGAGAUCGCCGUUGGCCAAACCGCCGAGACUGCUAUUCAGUUCCUCCAGGCCACCAGUUGGAAACUUGAGGAAGCUCUUCAGUUAUUUUAUGUAGGCAAUGAAGCUGGGCCAGUUGCAUCUGUAUCACAUUCUCCACCAACAGAAAAUGCUAAUACCUGGGCAGAUGAAAAUACUGGUGGAUUGAAGGGCCAGGAAAAUGAAACUGUAAAUGUUGGACAAGAUGGUGGAGAGGAAGUGCGCCCUCCUUUGCCAGUUGUGAGGGAUACUCUUUAUGAUGAUGCAAUGUUUUAUAGAACAUCGAGGAUAGGUUAUCCUCCUAAUGAAACCAGUUCAUUGGUUGCAUUUCGCAACUUUGAUGAGGAAAUGAGACGUCCAGGAGUUUGGGAAUCAGACCAAGGUGCCACAUCUACAGCAGAAAACCCUCGAGAUAAUCUUGCUUCUUUGUACCGUCCUCCAUUUCAUCUAAUGUUUCAUGGUUCAUUUGAAAAGGCAAAAGGUGCUGCUUCUGUUCAGGACAAAUGGCUCCUGGUGAAUAUACAAUCCACAAAGGAGUUCAGCUCUCAUAUGCUUAAUCGGGAUACAUGGGCAAAUGAAGCUGUUGCUCAAACCAUCAGUACUAAUUUUAUCUUUUGGCAGGUAUAUGAUGAUACAAGUGAGGGGAGGAAAGUCUGCACAUAUUACAAAUUGGACUCUAUUCCUGUGGUGCUUGUCAUUGACCCAAUAACGGGACAAAAGAUGCGUGCAUGGAGUGGAAUGAUACAGCCUGAGAGUUUGCUAGAGGAUCUAGUACCAUUCAUGGAUGGUGGCCCGAGGGAUCACUAUGCAACUCUAUCACAUAAGCGCCCAAGGGGAAGUUCUCAGGCUCCACAGAAAAGCAAAGCAUCCUCAGUUGAAACUAAUGAAGAAGACGAGGAAAUGCUACGGGCAUUGGCUGCUUCUAUGGAGGGCGUGAAAGACUCAAAUAUAGUUGCUUCUGACAAUAAAGAUGCAACUACUGCUGAAAAGGAGGAAGAAUCAUGCUCAACUAAGAAACCCACAUAUCCACCACUGCCUGAAGAACCCAAGGGUGACAGGAGCAUUCUUUGCAGGGUUGGACUUCGUCUUCCUGAUGGACGUAGGGUUCAGAGAAAUUUCCUAAAAUCUGAUCCAAUACAGCUGCUGUGGUCAUUCUGCUAUUCCCAGCUAGAGGAAACUGGCAGGCCAUUUCGCUUGACCCAGGCAAUCCCAGGAGCAAAGAGUCUGGAUUAUGACAGUAAAUUGUCUUUUGGAGAGUCAGGACUGGCCAACUCUAUGAUCUCAGUUGCAUGGGAAUGAAAAUGGACCUUAAAUGGCUUUUGAAGAAUUUUGAUUAAGAGUUGCCUGCAUCCUUGUUUUCUUCACUUUUGCUUGCUUGUCGAGACCAGUGCCUCUUAGAACCGUUAAGCCGUACCUUGGUUUAUUUGUUAUGUAAAUUCUCCCUGUUUCACUAUGUUCUGUGAAUCUGUAGCUGUUUAUGCACUCAAGGUUAUUUAAUGCUUAGACAUUAUAGUAUUCCAGUGGUGCAUACAGUUUUCUAAUACUCUGGAUGCUCUGUUUAUUUUAAUCAUAUUAUUGUCUGAUUC